ACCAGCGGGGCUGCCUGCGUCAAUAAAAGGCGGCAGCAGGCAGCAAACUGACAUUUGGUGCUUGGAGGAUUAUCGCUGCAAGAGGCGCUUCCCAUCAAAGUUCAGUAAAAUGCCAGGAUUAUUUUUUUCCCAUAACAACAUGACUGAAUUAAAUGGAAAGGAGGACUGCAAGCUCGCAGAAGGCAAAAUCCAUAAAAAGAAGCAAAAGGCUUUUGGUGCAGAUCUCAAGAACUAUUUGAAGUGCAUGGUACCACAUCUUGAAUCUGGAAUCAAGUCUUCUAACUCUAGGAAUGUCAUGCUUUCUGCAGAGGAAGUAAUACAGUGGUCCCAGUCUUUGGAAAAGCUCCUGGCCAGCCAAAGUGGUCAAGGUGUCUUUCGGGAGUUCCUGAAGUCUGAGUUCAGCGAGGAGAACAUUGAGUUCUGGCUGGCCUGUGAAGAUUACAAGAAAACCAAGGCUGAUCACUUACAUGGCAAAGCAGAGAGGAUUUACGAGGAGUUUGUUCAGUCAGAUGCUAUUAAACAGAUCAAUAUUGACCAUCAGAUGAGGGAAGCAACAGCCAAAAGGGCUCAAGACCCAACUCACACAAGUUUUGAUGAAGCCCAGAGAACUGUCUACAUCCUCAUGGAAAGGGAUUCAUAUCCCAGAUUCUUGAAAUCCAAAACCUACCUGAACCUUCUGAAUCAGCUGCAGACCAGCAAUUCAAAAUAACGUGUUUGAGAGAAGAAAGAGUCAAGUAGACUCUGUGUCAAAUAUUCUGUGAACACAUUCUUCGGGGCGGUUGGAUCUCAGCAAAGAGAACACCUGCCUUAGGAGGUGGUACAAGAGGGAUGCAAACAGCUCUGUGGGCAAGAAAAUGCAGGAUGAGAGCUAACAAGACUGUUAUAAGUGUGAAGGCAACAUGGGGUGAAAAUCCUCUCCUUAACUUACAACAUGGAAUCAAGACAGGAUAUGGAUGCUAUUUAUUAUUUGAACUCUACUGUGAAUGUUGAACCAAGGGUUAGAAACCCAAAGAACUGCUGAUGGGAAAAGAUUAUGAAGGUUCAGAAGAAUAAGGAUGACAAUUUUAUAUAUAACAAGACAAGGCUCAGUUGAGACUGUGCAAUGGCUUUUUGAAAUCUGUGAAGUGUUAAUAAGUGUUUGACAGCUCUAUGAUAAUAUUGUGUGAUGUAAAUAUAUUAUAUAUCGACUCAUCUUAAAAUUGGUAUAUUCUAAGUUAUAUAAGCUGUACUUUUUUUAUGUUUGUGCUCAACAAACACAUGUAGCAUCUUUUCUGUACAUUUUCUGUUUAAUUUAUUGCAAACUUUUCAAUUAAAUCUACUGAAAAAAUCCAGAAGUUUCCCAUCUUUUUCAUACUCCCCCACCUACCAGCACCUGAGUCAAACCUCAAAUAUAGAAGUCAUCUCACCACUACGCUCACAGUUAAUCCAGCUCAAUGCUGAUGUUUAGCACAGCAGAUCAAUCACACUUGCUUACAUAGAGAGAUGGUAACUGAUCAGCAGUCACAUUACUUGUGGUAUUAGCACUAUACGACAGCAAACAACGGGCAUUUAAUUUCACUGCAAAUGUUGAAUUAAGUUUACCCUGUAAACCUAUUGUAAAAUAUGCAAUGUUAUGUGUAGUCUGUACUGUCAUGGGACUAAGGAAAGAGAAGUUGCAGUUAUACACAAACUAUGUAAGUACAAGUUUGGUAGUGCAUGCGCCUGAAGUGAUUAAGAUCUUGUGACAAUAGAGUUCAUAAUGAAAAUAAACCCAAGCAUCCCCUGGUCUUGAUGAGCUACUGUCAUGAGAGACAGCUGUCACGUGGCUGGCAACACAAGACUUGAUCUCACCCCUGGAGAUUCUCACUUUUCCAAAAAUAACAUGAGCUUAGUCAGGCACAGUGAGCUAUUCUAUAUCAAAUAGAGCAGCUGCAAACCCACAGACAUCAGCUCCUGGGGACUUGCUGCCGCCCUUUGGGGACUUUCGGGCCUCCAGGGGAGGAAAACAGCUCUUCCGGACACAGCACAGCUGUGUGGCAGCUGCUGUCACCAUCACCUCAUCAUCACAGCAGCACAUCCUUCCACUUCUAACACUAACUGAUACCAAAAAACAGCUCUGCCUCCCACACCAGGGUAUCCUCACGGUACGUGGUAAGCAUGUUUGGACAAACAAGUGAUCACAUAGUUUAAAAGCCACAAAAGAUAAGAGUACCUGCGCUCUUUGUGCUUAGGGAACCGGGUCUCAUCUGCACUGGUUACCUCCUCAAAGCUGUCUACUUCCACUGCUCACGUCACAGGAUGUUGUCACAGCACUACAGGUGCUCCCACAAAGCCUGUUAAGCACAUCAGCUGCUUUCACAACUGAAACUACAUUGAAGUGAUGCCAUUCUUCUGAACUUAAACCUCUUGAACUCAUAUAGACCCUAUAUAAACUCUAAUUUAUACCCCAAAAACUGCAGUUUCACAGUUGUGCUGUAAUCUUGCCAAACAUCUGUUUGACCCUUCUGUCCAAAAUCAUACAUAGCAUGGCGAGGUAGGGCUGCUAUUUUCUAAUGACUUGUUGAUGCCAGGGAAGAGUGUCAGAAGUUGUCUGUGUCCGGGAAGACUGCAGGAUGGGGUAAUGGUGGGUAUAACACUUCCAUCUCAAUGUAGUCCUCAGAGCUGGGUACAACCAUGGUGAGAAGGCAGGCCCUGGAGCAUUGUCAUGGGUUUGAGUUCCACAGCAGCCGCUGUUCACUCCAAUAGAGGGCUGGCAC